AUGGCUCUUCCAGACAUUACAGCCUCAGAUAUCUCCGGCUACUUCUCGCCGGUCUAUCUGCUCCUGGCCUUCGCACUCUACUACAUCACCACCUCGAUCGCAGCAUGGCGCCGCCUGCGAGCCUUCCCCGGCCCCGCGCUCGCCCGGUUCUCCUACCUCUGGAACAUCCUCAACUCCCGCACCGGCCGCCCCGCCGAGACCUUCACCCGCUUGAACCGCGAGCACGGCUCCCUGGUCUGCAUCGGGCCCAACGACCUCGUCACCGACGACCCGGACAUGUUCCGGCGGAUGAAUGGCGCGCGGUCGAUGUACAACCGCUCCUCGUGGUACAACGCGGCCAAGUUCAACCCGCACGAGGAGGCCAUGUUCAGCAUCCGCGACAUCCGCAAGCACGACAGGAUGAAGGCGCAGGUCGCGGGCGCGUACUCGGGCAAGGAGAACGACGCGCUCGAGAGCGGGAUUGAUAGCCAACUAGCGGGGCUGACGGAGCUCAUCCGACGGAAGUAUGUUACUAUGGGCGAGGAUAUGAAGCCGAUGGACUUUGGGAGGGUGGCGCAGUACUUUACGCUCGACGUGAUUACGGAGAUUGCGUACGGGAAGGCGUUUGGGUAUAUGGCGACCGACUCGGAUAUCCAUGAGUACAUCAAGACAACGGAGGAUGUUGUGCAGAUUCUGCAGAUGCUGGGCGAGGUGCCGUAUCUGUGCACCCUGUUCUGGUCGAAAUGGGUGUUGGGGACUGUUGGGCCGAAGCCAACGGAUAAGUCUGGAAUGGGAAAGAUGAUGGGAGUUGCGAGAGACGUGGGCUCUUUCGUCCGCCACGGGCUCACGCAGGGUCAGGCCGAGCAGGAGGUUCUGUUCCAGAUCACCGCCGGCUCCGACACCACCGCCACGGCUAUUCGCACGACCUUUCUCCAUCUCCUGACCUCACCCAAUGCAUACCAUACCUUGAAGAAAGAGAUUCACACUGCAAUUGCGGAGGGUCGCGUGUCGUCGCCGAUUACAGCUGAAGAGGGCAAACAGCUGCCUUAUCUGCAGGCCGUCAUUUACGAGGGUGUCCGAAUGAACGCCCCAUUCACGGGGCAGUGCUCCAAGGAAGUCCCCGCGGAAGGAGACACCAUCGAUGGUCGCUUCGUUCCCGGCGGCACACGCAUCGCGCAGAACUUCUGGGGCGUGAUCCGCCGGCUUGACGUUUUCGGAAAGGACGCAGACCUCUUCCGGCCAGAGAGGUGGCUUGAGGCGGACGAAGCGACGAGAGACAACAUGGUGAGAACCACGGAGUUGACGUUCGGUCACGGACGGUGGGGAUGCUCUGGGAAGAAUGUCGCGUUUAUGGAGCUGAACAAGGUCUAUUUUGAGCUUCUUCGAAACUUUGACUUUCAGAUCGUGAAUCCCGGCAGGCCAUGGCACAGCAUCAACCAUAACCUGUGGAUGCAGCAUGAGUUCUGGGUGAAGGUGACUGAGUCUGCGACAAGCUAG